AUGGGACAUGAGCCCAUCUUUGAGAUCCGUCCCAUACAUCUCAGGUUUGAGCGAAUGAAUGCUGUUGAGGUAGCAAAAACAGCCGCCGGGGUCGUUCGUUCUUUUGAUAUUCGAAGAUUCCAGUUAGAUACCUAUACAACAGCAAAUAGAGAUAUCUGGUUGAAACCACAAGCAAAACUUAACGGUCUGGCCCAUGCUGAAUCGAGGAGUGGGCGCUUCUCCGAACUCCGGCUCUGCGGGUCAGUCCUGGGGUCCAUCUCCACAAUGAUAUACCACCCGGGACGGGGAAAGGAGGCAUUCCCGGUGGUGCGGAAGAGACGCGGCUUCAUGAUCAAGCGAGAAGUGUUAACAGGCGAGGGUUGGAACCAGUUGAGGUUGGAUGAUUGA